CCUAGGCACUUUGCUCCCUAGGUUCCGUUGGCCUCGCGUCCAUCGGGCGGUAUCCAAUUUUGGUCCCGUCUGCUAAGGUUAUCGAACUUUUUUGUUCGGUUUCACCUCGCUAUCGGAUCUGGCAGUUGAUCGAUGCCAGUGGAGUGCGCUUCCCUGUCAAAGGCGACUACACUGAAGACUUGGCAAAAGGCCAUGGGCGAAAUAAUCCGGAGCCACCGGUCGCACUACCCACCCCCGACAUUCCCCCCCAAGGCGUUGAUUGGAUGUUGUUGCCGGUGCUGGGGGAUCAUCGUGGUUGGUCUCUCCAAAACUUCCGUCCCCCUGAGCACCGGGCCCGGUUCCUUAGGAACAGACUCCGUCUUCGACUUUCUGGGCCGGACCCCCAGCCAACAUGAGCGAUCCUCCAAAGUAUCGUGUCCACGUUGGUUGCAUUGGUCAAAGCUUGCUGGCGCACGCGGAUUUGACUUUCAUGCUAAAGUGUCUGAGCAUGGGUGCUGUCGCUCUUCCGAGGCAGGCCCGGCCGGUCAGGUCACAGCCGUAAUUAGAGUGGCCACGCAGCAUGCACUGGCGAGUGCGCGAUCUUAUUCAGGAGGCGCAUGGUUGAGAAUGGAAUGCUGCGGAUUUGCUGACUCAAACUCUAACGGGUGGGCUCCGUUGCACGACUGCAGUGCCAUCUGAACGAGGUGGAUUUAGAACUUGACUCGAAGUUAUCGAGAUCGGUACCUUGGGUGGAACCGGUCUCCUGCCUUCUUACAUUGAAGGAUUAGAUUGCCUGAAUGAUACACAGGACAUUCCUGUAGAUGGCCCGUGCUAACACCAUGAUGCCCAGUGAGGAUUGUCAAAGACUGUCUUAUAUACAGUGC